AUGGCUGAGACCUACAAGGAUUGGCAUGAAAAGUUACCAUUUGUUCUCCAUGCCUAUCGAACGUCGAUCAGAACUUCCACCGGGGCAACACCUUUCUCGUUGGUUUAUGGGAUGGAAGCAGUUUUGCCUAUUGAAGUUGAGAUUCCUUCUCUCCGGGUUUUAUCUGAAUUGAAAUUAGACAAAGCAGAAUGGGUCCAAUCCCGGUACAACCAGCUGAACUUGAUUGAAGAAAAGAGAUUCGAUCCGUCACAUGUGAUUUCUCUGGUAGAUGUUGAGAUUCAAGCUGAUUUGACGUAUAGUGAAGAACCGAUCAGAAUUUUAGCUCGUGAAAUCAAAGAACUGAGAAAUAAUCGCAUAGCCCUGGUAAAGGUUCUUUAG